CAAAAGUCUCACCCCCCUUUUAGUCUUCUUGAUGUACCUGUCUAGGUACAUAUGCAGGUAUAUUCUCUUGUUCUCCUCGAUGUAUAUACAUACCAUCCAAACCCACCUACAAGAACAGGAGAGUCCAAACUAUAACCACUAAUUUUAUCAUCAUCAUAUCUUUACACUCCGCAAGCAGACAAACAAGCAAACAGACAAGCAAAAAGGCUUCAACGAUGGCUACCACCAGAGUCUGGAUCGAGCCGAAGGAACACUCCGUCGAAGGCCACACCAAGCAGUGCAUCCUCACUUUCAAGGGCCAAGUAAAAUGGGGACCGCACUCGUGCCACGACAACACGACCAGCCGGCGAGACGCGCUUCACAAGGCCGAUUCGCGAUUCGACAUUCUGAUCAUGGACAAGCCCAAGACGAUCGAGGGCCACAUCGCCACCAUCAGCGUCAGCGCGGGCGACACUGUUUACUUGGACAAACUCUCCACGCACGAUAACAUGGAAGGGCUUUGCAAAGCCGUCUUCGACGCCCAGCAGGAGGAUCGUACAUGCACCAAUUCUUCGUUUCGACCGCUCCGUCUCCGGAGAUGAGCGUCAUGAAGAGUGGGAUUUGCCGUAGGUAGCAGUAAUUGUUGGCAAGCAGAAGGAGACCGAGGUUGAAAAGAAGGACAGAAACUCGUAAGGGUUUCAUCUCGACAUACCAAAAGUACCCCUAUUCGUCGCUCGUUCAAUUGCGUGCCGUUAGUGGAGGGCAUAUCACGGCCACUCUGAAGAGUAUGUACCUAGCCUAAAUGGGCAGCCAGCCAGCUUCCAAUUCGCCUACGACUUAGUUAGGUUAUAUGGUAGUUGGAACUAUGG